AUGUCGGACGGGCCAGAACUGAACACGAACCGCGUGAGGCGUGAGCAACGAGCCUGCGACCUAUGUCGACGACGCAGGAGAGCAUGCGAUGGGUCAAGAACCCCUCCCAAGUCUUGCACUCUUUGCACCGAGAUGCAGUUAGAGUGCAAGUUCACGGGACUAGUUGCCAAACGUCGAACUUAUGUUGAAGCACUCGAGGAACGCGUCAAAGACGUAGAGAAAAAGCUAGAAGAUUUAGGUCCUGCGAUCCUUGAAACUCCAAACGUCCUGUCUAGUGGCGGGAUUGGUCAAAGUGGUCCUGGAGUACAACUUGCUGCGUUGUCUAUCCGAUCAAUGAACGUUCCCGCCCCCUUGGCUGAUGACGUCGAGAACCUCGCCCUUAUCAAGAGUAUGCAUACUAUGUCCAUGCUCUCAUCCAGCCACGACGAUCACUUCCAUGGUGAAGUGAGCAGCCUUAUAGUCGUCAAGAAGGCUAUCGACUUGCGCGAAGACUAUGAAAAGAAGCAGCUUCGUUGGAGCGCGAGACGCGAACGAUAUUGGGCGUUCUUUCCGCCUACGAGGCGCAUCAAGCAUACCGGUCCUUAUGUUUUUACACCCCCGGACCUUCUUGCCUCUCUUGUUGACCUCUACUUUGAACACCAUAAUGCCUACAUUCCACUCCUACAUCGACCGACAUUCGAGCGCCAUCUUUCAGACGGUCUCCACAUCCGAGACAAAACGUUUGGGGGUAUCGUGCAACUUGUUUGUGCUUUGGGAUCUCGUUACUCAGACGACCCAAGGCUCGGUGUGCCGGGAGGUGACGAGUUACUUCAAGGAUACGAGUUCCUCGAUCAGGUCACCAUUGACAUCGAUCACGUCUUUGGCCGCCCAGAAAUCCACCAUGUUCAGCUUUAUUGUCUCAUUGUCAUCUUUUGUGACCAGUCCAACCACUCGUCAUGUUGGACUGUGCUCGGAGCCGCGAUUCGCAUGGUUCAAGACGUUGGCGCACAUCGGCGGCCACGAAAACCUAUCCCAACUUCUGUUGAAUCUGAAUUAUGGAAGCGCGCUUUUUGGGCUUGCUUUACGCUCGACCGGCAACUAUGCAUAGCCAUUGGGCGGCCAAGCAUGAUUCUUUGGCGUGAUUUCGACGUUGAUCUUCCGUUGGAAGUCGACGAUGUCCAUUGGGAAGACGGCUUUGUCCAACCGCCUGGCGAAAUAUCGUCUCUAGCGUAUUUCAAUACGCGGCUAAAGCUUGACAUCAUCCUAGGCUUUGCUGUAGAGUUGUUGUAUCCGCUCCAGAAAGUCAAGCGCCCGUUAGCAUUCAACAACACCGAUUGGGAGGCGCAGAUUGUUGCAGAGCUCGAUUCCGCGUUGAACGAAUGGCUUCAAGAUGUCCCUGAACAUCUCCGUUGGGACCGCUUCAAGCAAGCACCCGACUCUGAUCGCAACGAGCUGUUUUUCAAACAAUCCGCAGAACUUCACUGCCAUUUCCAUCUUAUCCAAAUCAUGGUUCACCGACAAUUCGUACCCCAACUCACGAAAAACUUGUUGACCACCCUUCCAUCUCUCUCUGUCUGCACCAAUGCUGCCCGGUCUUGCGCCCACAUCGUCAACAAACUGAACGAACGGCAUUACAAGGGAAUGACAUUUCCCAGGGUGCUGUAUCCGACUUUCUUAUCUGGCUUGUUUUUCGUCCUGAAUGUAUGGAACGGCAAGCGGACGGGCCUCCCACCACAUAUGAACAGCUCUAUGAAUGAAGUGAGGAUGUGUAUGGAGUUCAUCAAAGGACACGACAAGCGCUGGCUAGCAGCGGGGAUAUUCUGGGAUGUCCUAUUUGAGCUGGGCUCUAUAGGCGAUUUGCCAAUGCAGCAACAGCCCACGGUGCCCACCAGUUCAGGUUUUGGCUCACAUGCAAACUCGAAAAAGCGGUCUCGCCGUGAUCCUUCCUCAGCCGCAAGCACUGCUGUCUACGCGUCAGACACAAGAGGGCAGCAGGACCCCAUUCCAGCAGGACCGAUCAAUUCCACCUCGACUUUCGCUGACUCAGAUGGAAUGAAAGCACCUGAACGGAUCCAUCAUUGUGAACACGAUGGUGGCAGCCAUAAUUCCCUCGAUUGCCUCCUCGAUCACCACUUGGAUCCGGCUACGUCGUGGUACAACUCAGACCCAAUCACCAAUUUUGGAAGUGGGGCGAAUGCGGACAAUGUGAGCCAGAUGUUCGAGAUGUGGGCGGCGGCACCCAGCAGCAGUCUCGACGCAAACGAUUGGUAUGCCUAUUUCAACUCGAUAGGCGGAAUGUAG